AUGCAAAAUACAAAUGCGCUGAAUGAAAGCAAUGGGAACGAAUCCAGUGAUAGUGAAGUGUUCGCACCAAUUACUAGGCGCGCAAGGCRUUGGAUUCUAGAUGAGAAUAGUGAAGAUGAAGCUACGACGCAACAACCAUGRAUUUGGAAAGAAACAAAAAACACACCAAUAAUUUGGAGGUACUCUGAACACCAUGGAAUAAAAGAGUCUGUUCUAAAUAAUUUAAGCACGAAUYCCAGCAUAUUAGACGUAUUUUUUAAAAUAUUUGAUCAAAAAUUUUGGGAAAUACUGAUUACAGAGACCAAUCGCUACGCGGAUCAGACAAUUCUCGACGAGCGUAAGAGACGRCACGUAGACGACACUUGGUAUCCUGUUAGCUCAGACGAAAUAAAGGCCUUUUAUGCUGUGUGUAUUUUGAUGAGUCAARUGAAAAAAUCAAAUGUUCAAAUGUAUUGGACUAGAAGAGUAAUGGUCGAGACGUCAAUAUUUGGUCAAACAAUGCCUUAUAARAGAUUUAGGCAGAUUUCGAGAUUUUUACAUUUCGCUGAUAAUGAAGCUGCUGACAGUAAUGACCGUCUUCGUAAAGUAAGACCUAUCGUUGACUUUUGA